AUGCAUUCCCAGCAUCAUGUCUUCUCUCAUCAACAUCAGUAUCAACAAGAACCCUCCUGGCUUCAGCAACAACAAAGCCAUCAUUCGCACCAGCAGGCUCAUCAUGGCUUACAUCACAAUAGCCACGCUCAGGCUCUUGCACAACAGCAGCAGUACAACCGAAUGCCAGGCAAUAAUGGGGCGAGUAACGGGCAUAAUCUCAGAAUGGACCACGGUGCCGGCUUAGGAUCAACAGAAGGAAAUUCGCAGGAAGAGAAUGCAAGAGUGCUAGGAUGGGUCGCAGAAUUGUUGAACGGAAAUUCACGGGAAACUGCAUUGAUGGAGCUUAGCAAGAAGAGAGAGCAAGUGGGGGAGCUUGCUCUGAUCAUUUGGCACUCAUUUGGUGUCAUGACAUCUCUGCUGCAGGAAAUUAUAUCAGUGUAUCCGCUUCUAAACCCCUCACAACUAACGGCGGCCGCCUCAAAUCGAGUAUGUAAUGCACUUGCACUUCUACAGUGCGUCGCUUCCCAUACUGAGACUAGAGGUCUUUUUCUGAAUGCUCAUAUACCAUUAUUCCUCUAUCCUUUCUUAAAUACCACCUCAAAAUCUCGGCCGUUUGAAUAUCUUCGUCUGACAUCUCUUGGUGUCAUUGGUGCUCUUGUCAAGAAUGACUCAACGGAGGUUAUCAAUUUCCUACUGACGACUGAAAUUAUACCGUUAUGUCUCCGCAUCAUGGAGACCGGUUCCGAACUAAGCAAGACCGUUGCUAUUUUCAUUGUUCAGAAGAUCUUGCUUGACGAUACUGGCCUAGGCUAUAUUUGUCACACAUACGAGAGAUUCUAUGCUGUAGGAACAGUCCUGAGCAACAUGGUUACACAGCUUGUGGAGCAACAGACAGUCCGACUACUCAAGCACGUUGUUCGAUGCUUCCUACGUUUGAGUGACAAUGCCCGAGCUCGAGAAGCGCUCCGACAGUGUUUACCAGAGCCUCUUCGUGACGCCACCUUUUCGUCAGUUUUGAGAGAUGAUGUAGCCACCAAGCGCUGUCUCGCUCAGCUCAUGAUUAACUUGUCUGACAACAUAGCCGAUUCGAGUAGCACGCAAACGAUCUAA